AGAGAGCAUAAAUCAGUGAGUUGAGGAGGGGCUGGUGCCACUUUAGCAAGAAGACAUCUUUAGAUACUGAAGCAACAGUGUUGAGGUUUGUCUGGCGUCUUGCCAUGUGAUGUGGAUGGGAGGCUGGAGCUGGUGAGACACAGUACAAGACAAAGAGUCAGUGAAAGCACAGAGAGGCAGGGUCUAACUCUGGAGGACAGGGAGUGGCCUAAUCUUGUAUGCUGAAGAGUGAUUGAAAAAGGAAGGGUCCUGUGGGUGGAGUGAGGAAAAAAGAGGAGAGGUAUGGGGAGGGGGUGGGUGAGAAAUGUGUGAGGCGAAUGGGAUGUCCUGCAUGUGUGCAUAAAACCCGAGAGCUCUUCAGUCGGACGUCCUGUUGCUUCACGCCCAACUCCAAGCCUUCAGCUCUCCAGCUCUCAUCCUCUGAGAGAACAGGGACAGACACAGGGAACAAAAGGCCAGCAAACGAGAGGCAAAGACUAACCAUGAGCCAUUCUUCAGUUCGUUCCACCACUUCCUACCGCCGCACUUUUGCGAGCCCACACACCAUCACCAUGUCCUCUUACUCCCCCGUGUCCUCCCGUAUGCCUGUGUCUGGGGGCCGCUACAUGCGCUCCAUGUCCCCUGUGGUGGCCACCCGCUCCACCGCCUACCAUCAGCAGCGUUCAAGGUCCAGCACCCAGCCCCCUCGCCUCGCCUUCGAGAAGGUGGACUUCACUCUGGCUGAAGCCAUCAACCAGGAGUUCCUGACCACUCGCAGCAACGAGAAGGCCGAGCUGCAGGAGCUCAACGACCGCUUCGCCAGCUUCAUCGAGAAGGUGCGCUACCUGGAGCAGCAGAACGGCGCCCUGCAGCAGGAGCUCAACCAGUUCAAGGGCCAGCAGCAGCAUGGCCAGCCCAACCGUGCCUCUGAGCUCUUCCAAGAGGAGGUGAGGGAGCUGCGGCGUCAGCUGGAUGCCGUGGGAAAGGAGAGGGACCAGUACCAACUGGAGAGGGACAACCUGGCUGAGGACUUGGACCAACUCAAGCAGAGGUUGGAUGAGGAAACUCAGAAGAGAGUGGAGGCUGAGAAUAACUUGGUUCUCUUCCGCAAGGAUGUGGAUGAUGCCACAUUGUCCCGCUUGGAGCUGGAGAGGAAGAUCGAGUCUCUAAUGGAUGAGAUUGAAUUCCUUAAGAAGCUCCAUGAUGAGGAGAUCCAGGAUGUGCAAGUGAGCGUCCAGACGCAGCAGCUGAAGAUGGAGGUGGACAGCAGCACCAGGCCCGAUCUGACUGCUGCUCUGAGGGACAUCAGGGCCCAGUAUGAGAGCAUCGCCUCAAAGAACAUGCAGGAGUCUGAAGACUGGUACAAGUCCAAGUUUGCUGAUUUGACCGAGUCCGCAAAGCGCAACAAUGACGCUCUGAGGCAGGCCAAGCAGGAGGCCAAUGAGUCCAGGAGGCAGAUUCAGUCCCUCAACUGUGAGAUUGAUGCUCUGAAGAACACGAACGAAGCUCUGCUCAGGCAGAUGCGUGAAAUGGAGGACCAGUUCGACAACGAGAUUGGUAACUACCAGGACAAUGUAGCUCGACUGGAGGACGAGAUCCGCCACCUGAAGGAUGAAAUGGCACGCCACCUCCGCGAGUACCAGGACCUUCUCAAUGUUAAAAUGGCUCUGGACAUUGAGAUUGCCACUUACCGCAAGCUGCUGGAGGGCGAGGAGAGCAGGAUUACUGUUCCCAUCAUGAAUAUUGGCAUGACCAACCACAUUGGUGAGAGAGACUAUGAACACAUUCCAGACAGCACGACCAAGAGGACUGUGGUCAUCAAGACAGUUGAGACCCGUGACGGAGAGGUGGUCAAGGAGUCAAGGAGGGAGAAGGAGAGAGACUCUGGCCGCAGCGAAAGAAAUGACAGGGACGACAAGGAUGACUAGAUCAAAAAAACAUUUUGAUUUACCAAGGUUAAGGCUAGGAAACAAUAUUACAUUUAAAAAAAAGAAUAAGAAUUAGAAGAAAACAAGCUAAUAUCUACAUAGUCCUCAUUGCCACUAGUUAUUUGUAUUGUCCAGCAAAGAACCUGUCAGUAUAAAGAAUCCUUUUAGAAAGUGUUGGUGCUAUUUCAAACAACUCAUUUUUGGUGAUGGAACCAGUAAAAACACUCUUGUGUCAUCUCGAGGGCUAAGCAAAACCACUUUAUUAACGUACCACUUGAGGCCUUGAUUUACAGUGCAAUCCCUGGAGCAGAUCCAGAUGCAGACCCUGAAGUACAAUAAGGUUUGGGUGGGGGGGCAGUAUAAAUACAGCUAAACAGGAUUUUAGGGAUCAGCGUGUUACUUGUCUCCUGGAAAUAAAUUGUUAACGUUGAGACAGAGCACACCCAGACCAACUCAGCCUUAGUGAAGACACUUGCAUUUGUUUUAGUAGUUUUGCUGCUCUCUCAUGGUGAGGGAAUCACCAAAAACCCAGACUGACAAUAAUAGACAUGUACCACACAGUAAAUGACAGUAGCUACCUGAACUCAUCCAGUCAAACUGAUUAACAUGGAAAGAUGUGCUUUACACUGAUUUGUGUAUCCAGCACCCCAUGAUUGAAUGGCUAUGUUAAGUGCAAAUAAACUUAAUUGAAGCA